CCCGCGAACUUGCCUACCUGAUAAGUCGUGAGAUCCAUCGUGUACAGUCACUAACAGUACCUAUGGAUCGAUGUGUGCGUACAAUGUAUCGACAUUGAGGCGCUAUUCAAUAAUGUUGAGAUCGGAAGCCUGGUGCCCAUGCCUAUGGUUGUCUCCCUACUACGGAAGGCUUGGGUGUCUUUCUUGGUCAGUGCACGUGAUAUUGAUGGGAGGUUCGCCCUCAAUCGUAGAUUCCUUGGUCACUGCUUCUUCUAGGGUGUUUAUGGGAGGUCGCAGGUGACUUUGGUGUGCAUCUGGGCCUUGGUACCUAAAUUACAAGGUAGCUAAGUACCUGCCCGCCCAGGUACGCUGCUACUUUUCGAAUACCUGACUAUAGGUACCUUACCUAGCUGCCUUGGGUACUAUCUUACGCUAGAGGACCUGAUGUAGGUAUCAUCAUCGUCCAUAGGUCUCACGAAUACUGGUAGGUACCUACCUAAGGUACUUGGGCGUCGCUUGUGUAGGCAAGUGCCUUCCACUCAUCAAGUGCAGUCUCUCAACCUUUUCGUCUGCCACCCAACACCAACACCAUGACCAACACCAUCACCACAUCUCACCAACAGUCACCUGCACUGAACAGAAUAAGACUUCAUUUCCAGAGCUCCUCCUUCACAACUCCAUCAACACGAAACCCGACACGGUCCAAGUUCCGAUGACUUCAUUGUUUCUCAACUCUGAACAUGCUCUACGACAUCAUCACCACCCUCUUCCACCGCCCCCUCUCGACCUGCCGCCCACCUAGCCUGUUCAUCAUGCGCUCAUCGAACCUUGAUUCGUGCAUUCGCCAUCGAAGCUUCGACUUGCGGGCCGGUGGCUUGUCGUGGCCAUCGACACAAAGUCGCCAUGUCGUGGCACAUCACCAACGACCCGCGUCGUCCAGGCCACUGGAAUCCCCGAUGACGCAUCUCGAAUUCAAGGCAAACUACAGCAUUGUCUGCUGGCUCUCACUGUCUUUCUCUAUUUCUUCAGUGACUCCUUCGUUUCCUUCUACGUCUUCACGCCUCGUCUCUACUAGGAGUAUCCAUUCCAGCCCCGUCUAGAGACACUUUCAAUCUUAGUAAGUUGAUCUUCACUCUGUUCCAAAUGGACAGAUUCAAGAGCUUGGUUUCUAGAGACAAAGACGAACCACUCAGGACUGGCAGCUCACGACUUUCUGCUCGAAUGACAGGUCAAGGCUCUCACUUUCCGCAAGGCAAAUUUGCCCCCGAUACCUCCCAAGCCUCAAAUUCAGGUCUUGUUUCAGGAACCGACGCAAGGCAAGGCUUACACCAGUCUUUCAACAGUCCUACGACCAGCGACAAUAACGGCAGCAUUGCACUCGGACAGACUUCGACCUAUAGCUCAUUCAGCCUUCGCAAAGGUGACCCCGUCGGUAGCGUGGUAGAUCACAAUUCGCAAGAUCCAACAACAUAUAAGAUGCCUGAGCAUUCUUUCGGUGGCGCAAGCUCUGGUGUCCCGCCUGGGUCGGCCGGCACUGCGGCCUCUCUCGCUUUCAGCCAGCACGGCGAUCCCAGCACUUCUAACAUUCCAGGUGCAUACCCCAAGGAUGACCCGUCAAUUGAUCCCACCCAGCAGACCACCUCAUCGGCCUCGACAACAGCUGCCUUACCGACAGGAGAUGCUCAGAAACAGAACCAGAGUGACAGCCUAGAACAAAGUAUGCCGACCACACACGACCAAACCACUCUGUCCACCCAAGAAGACACAGGUGUUUCCAGCGAGACUCCUGCUCUACCACCAUCGCAAACCUCAAGUGCACUCGGCAAGAUUAUGGGCGCCGUGGGACUUGGUGGAGCAGCCACUGCUGCUGGUGUCGCUGCCGCUAGAUCCAAGGAUGCAGGAGUGAGCGCAGCUUCAACAGCUGCGGAUGAUCAACCUACCACCACUACUGGCACCGAUUCAUACACAGCACCGACUCGCACCAGCCCUCCGCUGGCAGAACAUCGCAAAGAAAGCAUCCCCACUACCGCUUAUCCCGCCGGUACAGAGUCCCCCGCACCCGUUACUGCUCCUGUUGGGGGCACGCGAGAUGCAAUCGAUGCGCAAAAUGACAGCAACUCUAGUCGCGGCACUACCCUGACGGCUGUCGGCCUCGGGGCAGCUGCCGGUGCUUCUGGUGCGGCCACCUUAGGCGCGUGUGGUAAUCGAACCAGCUUACCGGUUACUGGCGAGGCGUCGGAGCCUGCCAUCUUUGAAACCGCAUCGCCUACACAUGAAUUGAGUUCUGAUGAGAAAAGUGGAGACGCUACUUCGUACAUCAUUGGAAGUCAAGGUGAAGUUCAGAAUCGUCCACUCGAAGCCUCGGGCUCCCGCGUACAAACGCAGCCACCUGCUCCUGUUGCGGGAUCUCCUUAUCAAGACUCCUCGAAAGGACAGGGAGAAUUCAAUGAUUCCCCAGCUCUUCCGGGGACUGCCUUGUCUACCUCAGGACCAACCUCCCAGCCAGCGUCAACAGUUCAAGCGGGAACAUCAGAAUGGGGCCCAGACCCCCGAACAAUUAGCGAUGAACCAGAAGACAGCAAAUCCAGUGGUCAUGGCAAAGCUGCUGCGGCUGGUAUUGCCGGGGCCGGGGCCGGGGCCGCGGGCUUAGCUGCGCUUCAACACGGGAGAGCAUCAGGUGCAGACCAACAAAGUGGGACUUGGCCUAGCUCCCAAGAGUACGUCCAACGGGAUCGGCCCAUUACCUCUACCGGGAGUGCUACUUCCAAAUCAACUCAAGCCGACAAUGCCACGGGAGGCGCAACUCCUUCGGAUGAAGCUGGAGCCUCCACGAGAGAUGAGGGUCAAGCACGGCGCAAUGCCGCUCUGAUGGGAGUUGCAGGAGCAGGAGCUGGAGCAGGGGCUUAUACAGCCCAUAAAUAUAAACAACACGGUACGGUGCAAGAGAGCGCAACCGGGACUACUGACAAUGCUUUGAGAAGGUCGAGCCCGGAAGCAGCGACCGCUGGAUCUUUGCCUCCUCAAGACACACCCGCCAUGGGAAAGUUCUCUACUGCAGGCUCAAACCAGUCGCCAGUGAAUGACGGUGGCAGUACUAUUAAGGAUUCAACCACUACUACAGCGACAGGUACCGCUGUAUCUGGGACGAGAACAUCCCAAACGCAAGAUUACGGCCAGCGGAAUCAGAGAACUGAUGAUACAGCGCCCAAGUCAAAACCUGAGACUGCACCAGCGGUCACGAAAGACACGAAAAAGCCCAAGAUCGAGAAGGAAGAUCCUGUCAACGACGAGAACAAGAAAGCAGGCCCCAUCGACGAUGAUCAUGAUGAGGGUCACGCCGGUCGCAAGACUGCAGCGGCAGCGGCAGUAGCUGGUGGAGGUGCUCACGCGGCUCACGCGGCUCAUGCAAGCUCUGAUCAACAGGCUGAAGAAGAAGCAGCUGCUCGCCGGAAGCAUGACCUUGAAGAGCAGGAGGCUGCUCGGCAGAAGCAGUACGAAAAAGAUCAGAAAACGGCCGAAAAGUUGGCGGCGAAGGAGGCCAAACAGCAUGAGAAAGACGCCAAAAAGGCCGAGAAGCAGCAUCAGAAGGAGCUUGAAAAAGAGGAGAAGGAGCAUCAAAAAGAGGGAGGUUUGGAACAGAAAGACGCCACAGGAUAUGACAAGGUAGGGGAAACGGAGAGACUGGUUGCAGAUGAUAGACGUGGCAAAGAAGCAGCACUGGUCGGCGUGGGUGGAGCGGCAGCCGGAACUGCUGCAGCACAUGGACCCCACGAAGAUGACCCCACGCAUGAUGAACAACAUGGCAAUCGAUUGCAGAAAAGCCAACCGCGAGAGAAAAAACCCAACAUAUUCAAGCGAAUCUUCAAGAGUCGGAAGAACAAGGACACUGGUGAGGAGGAGCAGUACAGCACUGAUGAGGAGGAUAACGGCGCAAGUAAUACGGAAGCGGAGAGUCGUACGGCGGGAGAUAUCACGCACAGCAGCAACAUGGAGGGAACGCCUUCUCAAGACCACAGUUAUGAAGCAGCAAGUGGUGGCGUACAGAAGCCUUCAUACAACCCGCUGCACAAGGAUGAGCCUUCAUCGGCACAGAGAGGAGACGGAGAUGUGGGAACGGGAUCGACGGGUCCUUUUACGAAAAUACAGGAUCCAGAACAUGCAAGGGGUCUCGGUACAUCUAGUGGCGGACCUGGCAAUGAUAAUGAGAUAAAGACUACCGAGUAUGAUGGACAGGACCGGAGAAGAUCCUAUGACGAAGGUGCUGGCGGUGAGUCUACAGAGCAUGGCGAUGGGCAGCGAAAAGAAAGCCUAGGCCAUCGAAUCCUGGAGCAAUUGAAACCACUACCGACGGGACAGCAACGACGGGAAAUGGGCGAGGCAUAAAAGGAAUCCUGGAUGUCUGUCUGAUGUGAUAUGCUGGACAAUGAGAACAUGGAUACCUAUGUUAAGUUGGGGGAAGACGAUGUGAAGGCGUGAGAAGAGGCAUUGCAGUUUUGGCAAGGUUUGCAAGCAGUUCUUCCGGCAUGAUAGUAGUAAUGAGUAAACGAUAAUUGAUACAUUUAGGUAUUUGCCGUCAACAAUAG